UGUUCAUUUUUAUUUGUUUGCUGAAUUUUGUUACAAUAGAAAGUUCCCUUGUUGAUAUCACUAUACUUCAAACUGCUGUUGCAAAAGGAGCUGUUUGUUUGGAUGGAAGUCCACCAGCAUAUCAUCUUGAUAGAGGAUCAGGUACAGGAGAAAAUAAUUGGGUAAUAUUAAUUGAGGUUAGUUUUGAUACUUUUUAAAACUCAGUUAUUCACAUGAAAUUUAUUUCAAUAAUAAUGAAAAAAGUAUAUAUUUUUCAAAACCAAAUCUCCAUCCUUGAGAUUGAUUUAUUAAAUAAAAGUUUGCUUUAAAUCAAGGAAAAUGAUUUAUUAGAAAGUGGAUUUCAUAAACAAACAAAUAUUAUUAUAAGAGAAUUAUAUUUAUAUAUUAUUAGCAAAAUAUUACGAAGGCAAAUAGAAAUGGGAAGUGUGUGAAAAAUAAAAAUGAUUUUAAAGAUAUGACUAAAUAUCUAAAUCUAGAUAUUUAGUAAAAUUUUCUAAAAUUAUUUAUUGUAAUAUCUUAAGUACUUGAGUGGAGGUUUGGAGUUGAAGCGGGUGGGAUGGUAAGGGUGGAUAAAAAUAAUAAAUUUUAGGCAGUCAUUUAUGCAACUUGUUUUCUAGUCAUUUUCCUCAUUUUCAAUAAGCUUGUUUUUCAAGAGAAUAAGAUUUUCAGACAUAAAAAAAAUAGAUACAUACAUAUAUAUAUGCAUAUAUAUAUUUUUCUUCAUACCAAACACACUCAUAUAUUUUUGUAUAUUUCUUCUAUCUUAGAACAGCAACUUAAUUAUUAAUCAAAUGUUAAAUAAUGGAUAUUUAAGGGAGGUGGAUGGUGCCAAAAUGUUGCACAAUGUCUUAUGAGGAAGAAUGGCAAGUACGACGGCUCUAGUGCAAAAAUGGAAAACCAAGUUUAUUUCUCUGGGAUGUUGAGUAAUGAACAGAAAUUUAAUCCAGAUUUUUACAAUUGGAAUAGAGUUUUUGUUAGAUAUUGUGAUGGAGGAUCCUUUACGGGAGAUAUUGAAGCAAUUGAUCCUGGUACUGGACUUCAUUAUAGAGGGGCAAGAAUAUUCAAAGCUAUUAUGGAGGAAUUAUUGGCCCAAGGAAUGAAUAAAUCUGAAAAUGCUAUACUCUCUGGAUGUUCAGCAGGAGGAUUGACAACAAUUUUGCAUUGUGACAAUUUUAGAAUUUUAUUACCAAAUAGUGUUAAAGUUAAAUGUUUUUCAGACGCUGGCUAUUUUGUUAACAUUGAGGAUAUUUCAGGGGAACUAUUUAUUCAACAAUUCUACAAAGAUGUUGUCACUUUACAUGGCUCUGUAAAGAAUUUGCCUCCGUCAUGUACUUCAAAGUUGGAACCAGGUUUGUGUUUUUUCCCUCAAAAUGUGGCUCAACAAAUUCAAACGCCACUUUUCAUUAUAAAUGCAGCAUAUGAUAAUUGGCAGGUAAGGAACAUUUUGGCGCCACCCGGUACUGAUCCCAAGGGUGCAUGGAAGAGCUGUGGAGCUAAUAUAAAAACUUGUACAGCAGAUCAGCUCAAAGUUCUUCAAGGUUUCAGAUUGGACUUUUUAAAGGCAUUGGAAGGUCUAGGGUCAUCUUCAACAAGAGGAUAUUACAUCAACUCUUGCUUUGCACAUUGCCAAACUCAAAAACAAGCUACUUGGUUUGGUCUCAAUUCACCUAGAUUACUCAACAAGACAAUAGCUGAAGCAGUAGGAGAUUGGGUUCUGGAGAGAAAUCAGUUUCAACAGAUUGAUUGCCCUUAUCCUUGUGACAAAACAUGUGGUUAAGCUUAAAGCCAGUCACAUAAUUAGUUUACAACAUAUAAAUUUAUGUCUUUUUCUAUGAGAUUUUUAUGUCUCUUAAAUCACAAAUGCCAUGAAGACAUGAACUAGUUGAGGUGAUACAACCUUGCAGCUCAAGAAAUACUGAUUUAACCAAAAAAAAAAAAA